ACCCCUUAUAUAUAUAAUAGCAGCCAACAGGCCCAACACCACUUAAAUUCCAUAAUUCGCCACUUACCCUCAUACCAAAUGAACCCCAGGAUCAUCCUCCUGAUGGCGGUAAUGGUGGUGGUUUGCCACCCCUACACGGCAACAAACACCAACCAGGAACAGAAAACAUACAUCGUUCACAUGGACAAAGCUGUGAUGCCGCCAGAAUAUUCCGACCACCAGAACUGGUAUGCAACAUCUAUGGAAUCGGUUUCCGAGUCUCCAGAAAUGUUGUAUACGUAUGAAAAUGUCAUCCACGGCUUUUCAACCCGGCUCACGGUUGAACAAGCGAAAUUACUCGAGAAAAAACACGGUGUUUUAUCGGUUAAAGAAGAGGUUAUAUACAAGCUUCACACCACCCGCUCGCCAGAGUUUCUUGGACUUGCAGGGAAAGAAAUGAUAUUCUCCGGGCUGAACUCAAGCAGUGAUGUGGUGAUUGGGGUGGUGGACACCGGUGUCUGGCCCGGAAGUAAGAGUCUUGAUGACACCGGAUUUGGCCCAGUUCCGGGGUGGUGGAAAGGCGAGUGUAAGAAAGGUACGAGCUUUGGGGUAUCAAACUGUAAUAAGAAACUGAUUGGGGCAACGUUCUUUUCGAGAGCAUAUGAAGCCACAUACGGGCCGAUUGACGAAACAAUAGAAUCGCGAUCAGCCAUAGAUGAUGAUGGACACGGGACCCACACUGCGACUACAGCCGCCGGUUCCAUUGUGACCGGAGCUAGUCUUUUUGGGUUCGCGAAAGGCAAGGCUCGUGGGAUGGCUCCGAAUGCCAGACUGGCGGUUUAUAAAGCGUGUUGGCUCGGUGGUUGUUUGGGGAGCGAUAUAUUGGCGGCAAUAGAAAAGGCGAUCGCGGAUCGUGUCCAUGUUCUAUCACUUUCGAUUGGCGGCACGCUUGCUAAUUACACGACUGACAUGGUGGCUUAUGGCACGUUCAAGGCAGUUUCCCGCGGGAUAUUUGUAGCAUGUUCCGCAGGAAACAGCGGGCCUGACCCGUUUAGUUUAUCGAAUGUUGCGCCAUGGAUAGCUACGGUUGGUGCCGGAACAAUCGACCGUGAUUUUCCGGCGUCUGUUGUUCUCGGAAACGGGAAGAUGUUCCGGGGAGUGUCACUUUAUAGUGGAAAACCGUUAUCAAAAUUCAUGGUUCCGAUUGUUUACGCCGGAAAUAUCAGCAAAACCACCGGGAACUUCUGUCUCCCAGGUACAUUGCCACGGAGAAGAGUUGCCGGAAAAAUUGUGAUGUGUGAACGUGGCGGGAACUCGCGUGUGCAGAAGGGGAUGGUGGUGAAGGAAGCCGGUGGUGUUGGAAUGAUUGUGGUGAACUCCGAAAAGUUUGGGGAGGAGCUAGUGGCUGACGCCCAGCUGAUCCCCACCGCCACCAUUGGUUACCGAGGUGGUGAAGCGAUAAAAAGAUAUAUACUCUCGAAUGAUAAUCCAACGGCUACAAUUGCAUCCGGAGUAACCGAAUUACACAUCCAACCGUCACCAGUAGUCGCAGCUUUUAGUUCCCGGGGUCCGAACCCACUCACCCCUGAAAUCCUUAAACCUGAUUUCAUCGCACCAGGGGUGAAUAUUCUAGCCGGUUGGACUGGUAAAACCGGUCCAUCCGGCUUAACAGAAGACACACGACGUGUCAAAUUCAAUAUCGUGUCUGGGACAUCCAUGUCGUGUCCGCACGUAAGUGGGUUAGCCGCCUUACUAAAAGCAACUCACCCUACCUGGACCCCAGCGGCAAUAAGAUCAGCACUUAUGACCACAGCUUACAACGUAUACAAAAACGGUGAAGGGUUAAAAGAUAUUGCCACCGAAAACCCAUCGACCCCAUUUGACCAUGGUUCGGGCCAUGUGGACCCGGUUCGAGCGAUGGACCCUGGUCUCGUCUACGAUGCCUCAGCUAAUGACUACUUGGGAUUCCUUUGUGCUUUAAAUUAUAGUUCAAAUGCCAUUAAAAUGUUUGGAGGUGGAAGUUUCAAAUGUAGAAAGAAAUACAGGGUGGAAGAUCUUAAUUACCCAUCUUUCGCGGUUCAUUUGCGAACGGGUUCCGACCAAGGUGGUCCUACCACCGUCAAGUACACUAGGACUCUGAAAAACGUGGGAUCUCCGGCGACUUAUAAGGUUUCGGUAUGGUCGAAAAUAGCUUCCGUCAAGAUCAAAGUUGACCCAGAAGAGCUAAUUUUCACGAAGCAAGGAGAGAAAAGGGUGUAUACUGUCACAUUUACAGCUAGUCCCAUGCAAUCAGGGACUACUGGAUUUGGUCAGCUAAAGUGGUAUGGAGGAAAAUAUGUUGUAAGUAGUCCUAUAGCUUUCAGUUGGGUAUGAUAAUCGUAAGGAAAUAUAAGAAUGUUGUUAUUAUGGAUAAGAAAAUAAAGGCAUGCACAUUGCUAUUAUGUUUAAAUAAAUGUAAUCAUGGCUAAGAAAACAAAUUACAUUUUACAACAUUAUAAUAUUGCUACAUAUAAGGAA